UGAUGUCAAGCCUCGUGCUGCUUGCUGCGCAUUGCCACUGACCGAGCUGGAGCGCUUUGCUUAGUUCGUUGCAUUGCCACUGACCGAGCUGGAGCGCCUUGCUUAGUUCGUUGCAUUGUCACUGACCGAGCUGGAGCGCCUUGCUUAGUUCGUUGCAUUGUCACUGACCGAGCUGGAGCGCCUUGCUUAGUUCGUUGCAUUGUCACUGACGGAGCUGGAGCGCCUUGCUUAGUUCGUUGCAUUGUCACUGACCGAGCUGGAGCGCCUUGCUUAGUUCGUUGCAUUGUCACUGACGGAGCUGGAGCGCCUUGCUUAGUUCGUUGCAUUGCCACUGACCGAGCUGGAGCGCCUUGCUUAGUUCGUUGCAUUGCUGCUAGCGAACGGAAUGUUGUCUCUCUGUCACAACGUCGGUUUCCAUACGACAGCGCUACACUUCCCUUCCCUGCUCGGAGAGGACACCGUGCCAUUACCAUGAGUUGUUUGGAUGUUAUGUACCCAGUCCAUGGACAUUACGCACCGUACGCGCCAGCCACUCCCGCGUUCAUCAACAACUUCCAGGCACCAGUCGGUCUGAGGAGCACCUCUCCUCGCCACAGAGACUUCAUGAUGGAAAGCAGGGGGAUGCAAAGGGGUCCCGGGGGGGUGUCGUCAGGCACCAGCGUGGGCCCCGGCUCUUCCUCUUCCUCAUAUCCCUCCGCCAAGCGACCGGAGGAAGGCCCUAAGGAGAAACAGGAAGUCCCCGAGGCUGAGUACCUGACGUCACGUUGCAUCCUCUUCACGUACUACCAGGGGGACAUCAGCAGUGUGGUGGACGAACACUUCUCCAGGGCACUCAGCUCCUACAUGGAAGGAGAGGGCAAGAAGAGGGCGUUGGACCUGGGCACAGACACCCCUUCACCCAGCAGUCGCCACAGCUUCCCCCCAUCCUUCUGGGAUAGCAACUACCCCUCCUCCCAGUGUCGCUCCCGCUGCGAGCCCAGAGCGCCCACCUAUUCCAUGGACCCCUACACUUCCGGACUCCACCCAGGCCUUCCUCACCCCCACUCACACCUGCACCCAGCAGAGGAGUGGGGCUACGCACAAUGCCAAGCCUACGGGGCCCCCAGGCCCCUCCAUGAACUCUAUUCCCCCAGCGGCCUAGAGCCCCACCACCCAUAUGUCCCCCUUCUCAUGCCCACUGUGCGACCCUCCCACCUGGGCACCCUCCCCGGACAACACCCCUACGAUAUCAGCAAGCUGGACCCCACCGCCCCCUGGCCGGGCCUGCUGCCCCCAGGUGAGAUGGACAUCAACAUGGACACAGGCCUCCAGCAUCACAAGAAAGGGAAGGAGUUGUACUGGUUUUAACGACCCUCCUCCGUCGCCAUCGACCAGCCAUUACCAGAUCCAAUUUGGACCUCUGGAACUCUACCAUUGAAGCGCCCCUUCCCCCCCUCCCCUCCGCGUCCCGUCGUCCCUCUUUAUCCCUCACCCACUACCUCCUCGUCUCCCCUCGCCUCCCCCCAGGUCCACAGUGCCAGCUGAGAGGCUCCAGGUCAGUGUGUUUGCACCGUGGAGAUAAGGACUCAUAGGCUGGACUCGUGGAGAGCAGAGCAGAGAAAGAGAGGGACAGAGGGAAAAGGGGUACAGCUUUGGUGACCACUGCUCUGUGUUCUGUGGCGUCUGGCCUCUCCUAUUGCUGCUCGGGGCUCAGCUGUGUGGCUGCGGCAGCAUAGAGACGGUUGG